AUGCUGGCGUUCCGCACUUUACUACUGCCAGUGAAGUCGCUACGAUGGACUUUAAAAGUUCUCGACACACCAGCACCUCGUGUCUACUCAUGGAACUCGCGAGCAGAAUCGCACCCUGUUGGGGCUGAAUUUAUCAUCAUGGACAAAAUCGAGGGUGUUCCAUUGUCUCAAGUCUGGGGCAACAUGAAACUGCCCCAGAAGCUCCAAGUACUUCUUGCCAUGACACGUCUCCAGAAGCAGUGGUUGAGCAUUUCAUUCUCGCAUUAUGGCAGCUUAUACUACGCGGGAGAUGUGCAGCCAGCAACAGUAGGCAGCCACUACGUUAAGGAUGGCAAGGCUGUCAAAGAUUCGGAGUUUGCCAUUGGCCCGACUACAGGUCGCGAUUGGUUCGACGGGGGCCGAUCAAUAUUAGAUACUGAAAGAGGGCCAUGGGCUUCUCUAACGGAGUACCUUCAAGCAGUCGGAACGCGAGAGAUGAAGGCAACCCAGACCUUGAAACCCCCAAAACAGAUGGCCUUAUUCUGUGGCCCUAAGCUCUACCGACCAGACACUGAAAAGAAACUUACUGCUUUAGCAUGGUAUCGACAAAUCGUCAACUCUCUUAUUCCGAAGGACACCACCAUCACCAAUCCGUGCCUCUGGCAUAAUGAUCUGCACGAUGAUAACAUCUUCGUUGACCCGCACAAUCCCGAAAAGAUCACAGGUAUUAUCGACUGGCAGUCUUGCAAUAUUGCGCCUCUAUUCAACCACAGCCCUGACCCAGCCUUUCUCGAUUGGGAUAAUGGCCUUGAGCCUGAAACACUCGACCUGGCACCAAAGCCGAAACUCUCUCAGCUUUCUUCCCCUGAAGAAAAGUCCGCGGCUUUGCGCGAAUAUACCGUUCAAAACGUGUUCAUCGCAUGGCGGAAACUCAUGCAUGCCAAAAACCCAGACUUGUAUCGAGUAGUCGAAUUUCGAAAGACGGCUGCGUAUGGACUGAUAUUUCUCGCCCACCGCAUGUUUGAAUAUGGCGAGGCGCACUUCCAAUCGCUUCUGGUCGAUCUGAAGGACACGUGGGCGGACUUACCUGCCGUAGUAACCGACGACACCCCAUUCCCGUUCGACUUUUCAGAGGUGGAUUUCGAGCGUAUCAAACUGGAUAGUGACGGUGCAGUAGCAGGAACCGAGCUUGUUGCAGAAGUCAAGGAGACAAUGGGCGAUUUGUGGCCCGACAAGGGCUUCAUCGAGCACGAGCGAUACGAAUGA